AUGUGGAAGAAAUCAGAAGUGUCUGAUCAGACCGCAACAGGGCAAGUGGGCAUCAAAAAGAAAUCCAAAGUCCCAGGAGUCAUGAUCACACAGUUCAUAGACGAAAUCCCUGAGGGAAAGAGCCAUCCGGAUUUUAUCCGCAAACCUAUAGCUCUCACCAUUCAAGAAGGUAAACUGGCUAUUUUCAAGGCCAUUGUAGUAGGUGAUCCCGUCCCUAAUGUAACAUGGGCCAGGAACAAUGGUGAUAUUUCAGAUCCACAGAAAUAUCAAACCAAGUUUGACCCUAAUUCUGGCGAACACACUAUUGAGAUGCCAAAUAUUUCUCCAGACCAAGCAGACACCUACAAAUGUUUUGCUACUAACGAAUUUGGAAAGGCUAUGGUCACUGUUAUGCUGAACGUCAUUGAAGUGGGAUUCAAGAAGAACAAAGCAAACCAGAAGUCCACUGCAACUGAUCCAAAUGAGCUCAAGGCUGUCCUGAAAAGGAAAAGUAAGGUUCGUCCUAAAACCGAAGCAAGGAAAGAUGGAGAAAUUGACCCAAAGUUCUGGGAGAUUUUGCUGAGCGCCGAUAAGAAAGAUUAUGAGCGCAUCUGUGCCGAAUAUGGGGUGACUGACUUCCGCUGGAUGUUGAAGAAACUGAAUGAGAUGAAAAGAGAGAGAGAGCAAGAACAAGCAGAGUUCGUCAAGAGCAUUUCUAACCUCAAACACAUCGAUGUGAAUCCUGAUGGAUCAGCUUCUUUUGAACUUGAUCUUAACCUUCUGGAUGCCAGCAGCAGAAUUUUCAUCUACAAGGAUGGUGAGAUAAUUCCAUAUUCUCAAGAUCUCGAGAUGGAAAUGAAGCACAACCUGAAUCAAGUAGGCAAGAAAUACAUCUUCACAAUUAGGGACCUUGUCCCAGAUGAUGCUGGCCUUUACCAGUUAGAUGUAGAAGACGUCAGUGUGUUCUCCACUGAAUUUAAACUUCCAAUGGUGGACUUUCUGGUCAAGUUAAAGGAAGUGAAAGCCAUGGAGAGGGAGGAUGCCAUUUUUGAGUGUGUUCUCUCUAAACCCUUAUCUAAAAUCAUGUGGGUUGGAAAGAACAAUCGAUUAGAACAGGGAGACAAAUAUGACAUCACGGUGUCCGAAGACAAACUUAUCCACAGGCUGCUGGUGAAGGAUUGUAUGCAGGUGGAUAAAGGCAUCUAUGCGGCUGUGGCCGGAAUCAAGUCCAAUAACGCUUGGCUGAUAGUGGAAGCCGAUAACUAUCUAGACACUAAGGGCAAAAAGAAACCCCGAAAAACAACCCAAGCUGGAGGGGCAGGCGUUGACCUGGCAAAGAUCGCUGCAGAACAGCAGAUCAAGCUACAGAAGGAAAGAGAUGAGAGAAUUGCGGCUGUCAAAACAGCCAGUGCUGAGGAAGAGGCUGCAGGUGCGGUGGACAGCGGCGGUUCUGCAUCUUCUCCUGGAGAUUGUUCUAGAGCAGAAAAAGAGGUCAGGAGAGACGCCUCUGGAGACACUGGGCCGGCGAGGAGUGUAACAGACACUAGAGGAAAAGACACAGGGAAAGGUAUGGAAUCAGCAGACCUUGCCGGUAACUUAAAAGCCAGCAAAUCCAGUAAGGAUGGGAAGAAGUUGUCUUCUAAAGAAAAAGCAAGCAUAUCUAAAGAUGGAGGAACACAAAAGUUAGCAACACAAAGCAGCAAAGAUUCAGACUCGAGACCGAAUCAGGCUAAAGUGAUGGAGUGUGAGACUGACGCCAUGACAACAGCUGGAGAUCUUCCUGAAUUCGACCCUGAUGACCUACACAAGUUCUCCAAAAAAGUGAUAGUUAAAGUUGGCCAGACUGCUUCCUUUAAAAUGCCAUUACCUCCUCAAGACCCGACAGAGAUCAGCUGGUUUAAGGACGGCAUUGAGCUUUUUGAUGGUGGCAGCAUAAAAAUAGUAAAGGAACUAAACCAGAGCCGUCUUCAGAUAAAAGACUGCCUGCAAUCUGACUCUGGGGAAAUUAAGAUCCAGCUUAAAAACACUUUUGGUACUGCAAAGGCCUUCUCUAGGCUUAUUGUGGUCGACAAGCCAGGUCCACCACAAGGCCCAGUAGAAGUGAUUGACAGCUCAUCUUCUGUCAUUGAACUAAAAUGGAAGCCACCAAGUGAUACCGGUGGCUCUGAAGUGACCAACUUCCUAGUCGAGCGUCAGCAGGUGGGGCAGAGUAUGUGGAAGAAGGUGUGGGAUAGUUCAGCCGACCGCCUGUCCUUUCGAGACAGAAACGUGUCCCAUGGCAAGAACUACAUAUACCGAAUCUAUGCUGAGAACUCUGAGGGUAUCAGUGAUCCUCUGGAGACAGAAGGCAUCAUGGCUGGAACUCUGAUUUACCCUGGUCAACCUGCCCCUCCUAAGGUGGUCAGCACUUUCAAAAACUGCAUCAACCUAACAUGGACUCCACCAGAGGAAGAUGGAGGAACCAAAAUACUGGGCUACCAGCUAGAGAAACGCAAGAAAGAUACAAAUCAGUGGGUGACUCUGAACCCAUCUAAGGAACCUAUUUCAGGUCCUUUGGGGUACACAAUUUUAAUUGAAUCCUUCACGUGCCAAUUUAUUACUUUCAUUGCCACACGCGCCAACCCCUACAGCUUCAAAACUUUCUUUAUUUUUCUUCUGGCUACAGAUCAACCAAAGCCUCCAGGCCCAGUGGUGCUAGAACAGGUUGUUUAUGGUAAAGUCAUUAUCACAUGGGCUCCAUCUCCAGACCAGGAGAAGGAUGAUCGACUGCACUACAUGGUGGCAGAACGUGAUUCCAACACACGUGUUUGGCGCACAAUUGCCGACCGCCUGUUUUGCAACACUUACACUACCUCUGUCCACCCUGGUCGUGAAUACCACUUCAGAGUCUAUGCAAAAAAUGAUAUGGGACUUUCUGAUCCCUCUAAAUCACCAACAUGGGGUGUCAACGAGCUGAGAGUGCCACUAGUCACAAGGUCACCAGUUAUGAUAACUUUUGAGAGGCCACCUUCCAUCUUGGUUCCACUGAAAUUCCACAGUCCACCACGGGGCUUUCAGCUGUACAUGACCUGUGCUGUCCGUGGCUUCCCCACUCCACAUGUUGCGUGGUACCUCAACAACGUCUGCAUCAACUCCAACAACAGCUACUACAUCACAAAUGCAUAUGGAGUCUGCUCUAUGUACAUCAUCCGAGUUGGGCCAGAACAUAGUGGCGAGUACAAAGUGGUGGCAGUCAACUCAUUUGGCAAAGCAGAAUGUUCCACCAAUCUAAAAGUGAGAGAUUGAAAUUCAGCAUGCUGACAACCAGCUAGCUUGUGUACUGCAAAC